AGGCGCCAUCUCUCUCUCUCUCUCUCUCUCUCUCUCUCUCUCGCAAAUGGCCAGGCCAAGUUCCUCUUUCUGGCUGUCAAACACUCUCAAGCGCAGAAGAAACAACAUACGCACAGACAAUUAAUUACAGCUAUAUGCACACCUGUACCCACACGCAUAUAUGAUGUUCGUACGGUUCUACUUCUGCAUAAUUGCCUCCAAGCCAGGGUAGGUCUUGAUCCGUUGUGUUUUUGCUACCUGUGGUUGCAGAGGAUAUUUCUCCGUUUGAUUCUCUGAAGAAAAGACGGAAAGAAAAUUGCCUUUUCUCGUUUGACUCUCGAAGAGAGGAGGAGAGGAAAUAGGCUUUGAGAGAUCCAAGGGAGGAAGAAAACCACGGCGACUGCUUCGUCUUUUCUUGUCGCCGAGUUCUGUACUGCACAUAUUCUUCGCCGUAAUUUUUCUGCUGAGAUUUGUGGUUUUCAGCGUUGGAUUGAAGAAAGGAUGUGAGAGAAGGCUUAGGUUCUGGAAGGUCCAGCACGAGUGCUUGUGACGGAAAGCGAUGAGUUUCAGUUGCUUUGGAGCAUUCGGUUCGUGUAAACAGAAGCCUGCGGCGCAGGCAGGAGAGAUUGCUGCCACCAAUGUGAGGCAUUUUUCCUAUAAUUCGUUGAGAUCAGCAACAAGGGACUUCCAUCCAUCAAACAGAAUAGGUGGAGGUGGUUAUGGAGUUGUGUAUAGGGGGGUUUUGCGUGAUGGUACUCACGCUGCAAUCAAGUGUCUCUCUGCUGAAUCCAAGCAAGGGGGUAAAGAAUUUUUGACAGAGAUUAAUAUGAUUUCAAAAAUCCAGCAUCCAAACCUUGUUGAACUGAUUGGUUGUUGUGUCGAGGGGAGCCAUCUGAUAUUGGUGUAUGAAUAUCUAGAGAACAACAGCCUUGCUGGCAUUUUACUUGGUUCGAAAGGAAAACAUAUUGCUCUGGACUGGCCUAAAAGGGCUGCUAUUUGUAUAGGUACAGCUUCUGGUCUUGCAUUUCUUCAUGAGGAAGCUGAACCACAUAUUGUCCACCGUGAUAUAAAGGCCAGUAAUAUACUGCUUGAUGGAAACUUUCAUCCUAAGAUAGGAGAUUUUGGGUUGGCAAGACUUUUUCCAGACAAUGUCACACAUAUUACUACUCGGGUGGCAGGAACUGCAGGAUACCUUGCUCCGGAGUAUGCCAGGUUAGGGCAGCUCACGAAGAAGGCAGAUGUAUAUAGCUUUGGAGUACUUCUACUUGAAAUUAUAAGUGGCAGAAGUAGCAGUAAGGUAGCUUUUGGAGAGGAUCUGUUAGUUCUGGUGGAAUGGGCAUGGAAACUGAGAGAUGAAGGUAGGAUUCUAGACAUUGUUGAUCCUGAACUGGUUGAAUUCCCUGAGGAAAAGGUACUGCAGUUCAUCAAGGUUGCACUUUUUUGUACCCAAGCAGCUUCUCACCGAAGACCUGGAAUGAAGCAAGUGGUAGAUAUGCUCUCUAAAGAGGUUACCUUGAAUGAGAAGUUAUUAACAGAACCUGGGGUCUAUAAGGCACGUACCUCUAAGAGUUUGGCUGGUGGUAGUUCACAAGUUACAUCCUCCUUCAUGAAGAAAGGCAAGCAAUCAAUAGAUUCUACCUUAACUUCAGGUCUGAUGGAUAGCUCUGAAAGUGUGACACAGAUAAUUCCUAGGUGAUGCAUGUUUUUCAGAAAUAAUUAAUUAGAAAUCCUUAUUACAGCAACAUUUUAGUUGCAUUUUGGAUCAUCUUCUUAUUCUCAUAUUGCCCCUUCUUGAAGCUUGAAAACUGCCUGCUCUCUUCGAGCUUCUUCUUCCAUUCUUGUUUGCAUUGUUGAUUCUAAUUUUAUUCACCAUGGUCUUGCAGUUGUAUUUAUGCGUUUCAGAAAUAAUUAAUUGGAAAUCCUUAUUACAGCAACAUCCUAAUUGCAUUUUGGAGCAUCUUAUUCUCAUAAUGCCCCUUCUUGAAGCUUGAAAACAGACUGCUCUCUUCGAGCUUCUUCUUCCAUUCUUGUUUGCAUUGUUGAUUCUAAUUUUAUUCACCAUGGUCUUGCAGUUGUAUUUGAUUUGAUUUAUAUUUAUUUUUUGUGGCCAAGGUAUAAUUCAUUUAACAAAAGGAAAGAGAUACAAAGAAAUAGCAAACAGAACAAGCAUAAACACCCUCCUAGACAAUCCUGCCACCAUAACAUACUAGCACACUAUCCUCUUCCCUCUCCUUACUCAUUACUUCCUUUAGAACAAAAGGUGAAUUAUCAAGUUCCAAGCAGCCAUUAUCAUUCCUUCACAGUGUGGAUUUAGCUAGAUAUUCUGCAGCCAUUAUCAUUCCUUCGUUACUUCCAAAAAGUUUUUGGAUAUCCAGAACCAGAUAUAUGAUGCCGAUAUUUCUUUCCCUGUCUCAAAGCAAUUCUUUGCCAAUAACAAUGCAUCGGAUUCACGAAUGUGUCAAGUCCAUCCUAGGUUCAAAUCCCAAAGCAAGCCUCCCUAGCUAUCUUGACUCUUCUGCUAAUGCUGAGCAUGCAAAACGGGUAUAAUUUUUCACUCCGACAACAUUUCCUUCGUGAUCUUUCACAAUGGUCGCUCUUCCAUUCUUUACAGAGCAGUAUCCUUUUUUCACUUUUAGAAAUCCUAGCUCAGGUUUAGUCCGUACCCCUUGAGAUAGAGAUGAAUUCAUGUUCCUUGUAACUUCUUUUUCCUUAUGGAUCUCCUUCUGUUCCCUCCAAUUUGAUCUGAUUUCUCUUCUGUCCCAUGAACCUGAUAUGAGUUGGUAUCCUGCUGUAUCUUUUCCAUCUACUCCAUUGAUUCAGCUAUUUUCUCAUUACAGUUCCCCAAAACUUCUUUGUUCCACUUCUUGGUUCAUUUUUUGUGUUCUUCAAUUUCUUGUAUAAUCUUAAUGGAUUCAAGCCUAGUACAUCCAUGGACCAACCUUUCUGAACUACUCCUUUUUAAGGAUGGAUCUCUUAACCACAUGACCUCAAACCCAAAAGGCCUUCUGGAAGCAACUAUUUGUCCCUUUGUGUUUAGCUAAAGUGGGCAAUGGCUGGAUACAAUGGCUGGAAGGUGUUUGAUAGUUGCUUUGGGAGACAAUUCCAUUCAUUCUGCUUUACAAACACCCUUAUCUAGUCUUUUUUUGUCCUAUACCUUCCCUUUUGUUAAACCAAGUAUAUGGCAUCUCAGAAAAGUCAAUACCAAUUAACACCAGAGGUUCUAAGAAGCCCUUAAAACCUCCACUUGAGAAUUCUGCAUUUUGUCUUCCACAGAUGAGGUUGAACUUCUUCUAGUUUUAGCAUACACGUUAUCAGGAGCCAAUAUUGGUUCUCCUUUUGUUAAAUGAUGAGUUGAACUAAUAUUAAAAUACUGGUGCUCUACCUCCACCUCCAUGCCUUCUUUACACCCCAAACAUAUUUCACCUGACUUGCAUUUUCCAUAGCAUAGUUUUUGAAUCCUAGCCUUUUGUUGAAAAGUGUUAUAUUUGUUGCAAAAGAUCAGAAGUUGAAUAAGUCAAAACAGUUGCAAAAGAUCAGAAGUUGAAUAAGUCAAAACAAUUGAAACUAUUGAAGAUUUGGUGGAAUAACGGAAGCUAAAAGGCUACUGAGAUUUUGAAUUUCUGUUGCAAGUUUAUUUUAGGGAUUUCUUAUUGAGUUUGUUAUAAUUUUCUGUACAAAUACAUUCAUAAGUUAAUGAAUGAAGUAUCAGUUUUUGUAGCUCAUUACCUCUGUUACUCAUUUUCUGUAAAAACAUCCAACAAAGUGGUAUCAAAGCGGUUUUCUUAAGGGAUCUGUGAUGUUUUUUGUGAGUGAAUUCAGUGAGAAAACUGUACUCCUCCAUACUAAAUCCUACCCUAACCUAAGAGAGAAAUGCCAGGAAACAAUUACAUGGCAGCACCACCUAUCUUCACAGGAGAAAAUUACCAAACUUGGGCUGUGAAGAUCGAGGCUUUUUUGCAGGCCAACGAGUUGUGGGACUUGGUGGAAUCUGAUGAAACUCCACCAUUGCCUGAGGAUCCCACGUUGGCACAAGUUAGGAAUCAAAGGGAAGAGAGAAAAAGGAAGUAUAAGGCCAAGACCUGUAUUUACUCAGCUGUAUCAAAAACGAUCUUUACAAAGAUCAUGGGGUGUGACACAACAAAACAGGCGUGGGAUCUUCUCAAGGAGGAGUACCAGGGUAAUCAAAGACAAGGAAGAUGCAAAUUUUGAAUCUCAAGAGAGAAUUUGAGAUGAAGAAAAUGAAGGAAGCCAAGAGCUUCAGGGAAUAUGUUAACAAACUGAUGGCCAUUGUCAACAAGAUCAAGAUGUUUGGUGAAGCACUUCCUGACAGCAGAGUUGUUGAAAAGAUACUGGUAACACUUCCUAAAAGGUUUGAGGCUAAGAUUUCCUCUCUUGAGGAGUCAAAAGACCUAUCAACUAUUGCAUUGGGAGAGUUGAUCAAUGCGAUGCAGGCUCAGGAACAGAGAAGAGCUUACGGGAAGAAGGAGGGAGUAGAAGGGACUUUUCAGGCAAAGGACACCACUACUAGUGAAAAUAAGGGAAAGAGGCCUUGGAAUAGAGGAGGAGAAGACAAUGUUGGCAAGGGCACACAACCCUCCUAAAUUUCCUCCUUGCCAACAUUGCAGCAAAACUAAUCAUCAUCCAGCUAAAUGUUGGAAAAUUUUAGAAUGCAGAUUAUGCAAGGAAAAUGGGGACAUUGCUAAAUUCUGUAGGAACAAAUAGAGGAAAGAUCAGCAAGCCCAGGGAUAGAUCGUGCAACAACCUCAUGAAGAACAAUUAUUUGUUGCAACUUGUUUUGCAGGAAAUAACUCCAUAAGUAAGGCAUGGCUAAUGGACAAUGGAUGCACCAACCACAUGAUGUACGAUGGCUCCAUCUUUUAGGACCUUGAUAGGUUUGCUGAAUCCAAAGUCAGAAUUGGCAAUGGUCAAUUGAUUAAGGUAAAAGGAAAGGGAACUAUUGCUAUAACAGGUUCUGCAGGUAAAAAAGUAAUUACUGAUGUAUUUUUUGUACCAGAAAUAAACCAAAACCUGCUUAGUGUUGGGUAACUGUUUGAAAGGGGUUAUUUUGUAUUUUUUAAAAAUAAAACAUGUGAAAUUAUUGACUCCAGAGGUGAAGUUUUGUUCUCAGUUGGCAUGAAAAGCAAGAGUUUCAGCCUAGAGAAUCCAGUGCAUACUUUUGCUCAAAGGUUGAUUUAUGGCACCGAUGAAUGGGACAUUUUCAUAAUUCUACAUUGGAAUUUAUGCAAAAAAAUGAAGUUGUGAAGGGAAUGACAUUUACUGGAGAAGGAACCAAGGUAUGUGAAGCAUGCUAGCUAGGGAAACAAGCCAGAAAACCAUCCCCAGUUAACAAAGCUUGGAGAGCAAUUGAAAGACUAUAGCUAAUCCACACUAAUGUGUGUGGACUAAUGAGGACAAAGUCUCUUAAUGGGAGUAGGUAUUUCAUCCUCUUUAUUGAUGAUUUUAGUAGGAUGUGUUGGGUGUAUUUCAUGAAAGCACAAAUAAGAAAUUACAACAAUUUUUUGGAAAUUCAAAGCUUGGAUUGAAAAUCAAAGUAGCUGUAAAAUCAAAGUAAUAAGGUCUGACAAUGGAACCGAAUACACAACCCAUAUAUUUGCAAAAUUUUGUGAAGACACAGGGAUUGAGUAUCAAUUCAUUGCUACAAAUAUACCUCGGCAAAAUGGUGUGAGUGAAAGGAAAAACAAAACCAUAAUGGAGAUAGCUAGGUGUUUGCUAUUUGAGAAGCAUAUGCCAAAAAAAUUCUGGGGCAGAAGCAGAAGCAGUUAAUACUGUUGUAUUUUUGCUGAACAGGGUUACAACAGAAGCCUUAAGAGGGAAAAACACCUUUUUAAGCAUGGUAUGAUACUAAACCUUAAGUGUCAAAUUUAAAAUUUUUUGGUUGUUUGUGCUUCACUCACAUUCCAAAUGCAAAGAGAGGAAAGCUAGAUGAAAAGGCAGAACAUGGAGUCCUGGUGGGAUAUAACAGUCACUAAAGGGUACAGAAUUUUUCAACCACUAAUUGGAAAAUUCAUUAUUAGAAGGGAUGCAAUAUUUGAUGAAGAUGCAGAAUGGGAUUGGGAAAAGGCUGAACCAAGGAGACAAACAACAACAACCAAAAAAGAGAGGAAGUAGUUGAGCUUGAUGAAGAUUGAUAUAAUUGUAUAGCAAUGGCAUCAAAACCUAAGAGGGGGUGAAUUGGGUUAUUUAAAAAUUUUGUUUGAAAUCAUUUUUAUGAAAAAUAGGAUUUUAAUGCAAAUGAGGAUUAUUGAAAUCCUUAGAGCAAUAAAUGAAACAAUGAACACGAUCAAAAGAGGGAUACAACGAUAUAUAGUGGUUCGGCUUAAAUCAAGCCUAAUCCACUUUUUUAACUUCUCACUAAAGAAUUUAAAACCAAUUCACUAUACUCUUCUUAUCACUCCGAAUAGACCCUCUAGCAACAAGUUAUGAAUGUACAACCUCUUGCCUUAACAAGUAAACCCUCUAAUAACAAAGUAGGCAAAAUAAUCCACCUACAAACAAGUGUAGGUCCUCUAGCAAAAUAAGUUAAGAAUUGUACAAAAUGAUACAAGAUAGAAGGAUCUAAGAAUUAACACUCUUCGUUACAAAUUCUCUCAAUAAAAAACCAAGACUUGAAAGUAAAUUUACAAAGAUGAAAGCAAAGCAUUGGAGAAAAAAAAAAUGCAACAAUGAAGCACAAAAUGGAUGAACACUUGGGAGCUUGCAAUGUAAUCACUUAGUUGUAUUGAAGCAUCCAUUUGAUUUCUAUUUGUAGAGCUUGAUGACCCAUUUCAAGAAUCUUGUCAUUGGUAGUGAAAGGAGCAUUUUGAAAUAGUGGAGAAACUAGCCAUUAGAGGUGUCAAACGAAAGAAACUGUCGACAGAUAUUGGAAAAUUUCCAAAGUUAGUCAAUAGAUGCUCUACCAUCUGUCGACAGAUGCAACUAGGAUAUUUACAAGCAUUUUGUCUGUCGACAUAUGCUCUCCCAUUUGUCAACAGAUGCAUGUUAAAUCUCAACAUGCAUUCUAUCGGUCAACAGAUUCAAAUAGGUUAGUCGAUAGAUCAAGGAAAAUCUUCAAAAGAUAAAAAAAACUAGAAUUCUGUAUGUCGAUAGAUUGAUUAAAGUUAGUCGACAAAACAAAAGAAUUUUUCAAUAUAGUCGACAGAUGGUUGAUUUUACCUUAAGAAUUUCUUUCAUAUUUGAGAAGGUUUUGAAGAACUUCUUUUAAUAGGUUUGUUUGAGAAAUGUUUUACUUUGUUUUUCCAAUUUCCAUAUGAUGCAGUAAAUCAUUUAAAUAUGAUGUUCAUUUAGGCUUUGAAUAUUCAUUUUAUCAAUUGACAUUGAUUUUUGUUUGAGAGCUAUGAACUGGAUUUUUUGAGAAAAGCUUACUUGGUAUUUUUCAUCAUCAAAACCUUAAUCACAAGAGUAAAAUAUCAACGACAACUAUGAUGAACUACCCGUAGGAGGGACAAGGUCUUUUGCUGAAAUUUAUGAAAAAUGCAGUGUAGCAGUUUUGGAACUUGUUGGUUAUGAAGAAGCAACAAAAGAUCCUAAAUGGAUCACUCCAAUGCAGGAGGAGAUAAGGAUGAUCCAUAAGAAUUAGACUUGGGAGCUUGUGGAGAGGCCUUUACACAAAAAGGCAAUAGGAGUCAAGUGGGUUUACAGGAGAAAGCUGAAUGCAAAUGGGACCAUGAACAAACACAAAGCUAGACUAGUGGUGAAGGGCUACGCACAACAGUUUGGAAUGGAUUUUUCAGAAACCUUUGCACUAGUGGCAAGGUUGGACACAAUAAGGCUACUCCUGGUAAUUGCAGCACAACAAUAGUGGAAAAUUUAUCAACUUGAUGUCAAAUCUGCCUUCCUAAAUGGUUAUCUGCAUUAAGAAAUUUUUGUUGAACAACUUGAGGGAUUUACAACUUAUCUUAGCAAGGUUUAUUUACUUAAGAAGGCUCUAUAUGGGCUAAAACAAGCCUAAGAGUCUAGUAUGGUAGAAUUAAUGAGCACUUGAUAAGCAUUGGCUUCAAUAGAAGCCUAGGUGAGAAUACUUUAUAUGUUAAAAUAGAAAAACAUGAAAUAAUUAUUAUCUUACUAUAUGUGGAUGAUUUUCUAGUAACAAGGAGUAAUGAGGAGCUUGUCAAGGUGCUUAAGGGAGCAAAUGAUGGUUGUGUUUGAGAUGGCCGACCUUGGUGAGAUGGCUUUCUUCCUUGGAAUGGAAAUCCAGUAAUCAAAAAAUGAGACUUUUAUUGGUUAGGAGAAGUAUGCUAAGGAAGUGUUAGGAAAAUUCAAAAUGGAGGAAUGUAAGCCCGUGGAUACUCCACUAGCACAAAAUGAGAAAUUUUUUCCAGAAGAAGGAGUUGAAAUGGUUGAUGAAGGCUUUUGUCGAAACUUGAUUUGUUGUUUACUGUACUUGAUAGCCAUAAGGCCCGAUAUAAUGCACUAUGUCAGCUUAGUUUCAAGGUUUAUGCACUGUGCCAAGAAAGUGCAUCUUAUAGCUGCUAAAAAAGUGCUAAGAUAUUUAAAAGGAACACUAGACUUGAGAGUUAAAUAUAGAAAA